CUCGCGGCAACAUGGCGGCUGCUGGGUCGCUCGACGACCUCUUGAAUAGUAAAGUGGAUGAGAGCGCGUUUACAGCCUUGGUUGGCACAUUAGAGGAUCAACUGUACUCUGGACAAGUGUCCAGUGUACAAACGGCCGCAUCUGGUGUAUCGAACAUCAGUAGUAGUGCUCCUUCGGCCGUCAGUGUGGUGGGGGUGUCGCGCGUGGACGCUCGUGUUCCCGCAAAUGGGAUUCAGCAUGGUGUCGUUAUUGCCCAAGAUGGAAACAAAAAUGCGCAUUCGAACGUUCCAAGGAGUGCCGUAGUGACUGGUGCAGGUCUUAGGAACGUUUCGGCUCACAGCCAGGCAGGAGUGAUCCAGACAGGUCACUUCCCUUCCAGCAACCAGGCAUCUGGCAGCGUGGGGAGUGCCGUGAACACCCCUAAUGUAAUGAAAUUAGUGCAUACAAGUGGAUCUCAGCCUGCUGUUGGAGGACAGUAUACCAUCAGCAGUGCCAGCUUCCCUAAUGGGUCCAAUAGCAGUGUCCAAAGUGUCAUAGCUAAUGGAAAACAAACAGCAGUGGGGAAUAAGCUGGAAAAUGUUGUACAGCCUUCUAAUCCAGCAACUGUCAUCACAGUAAACAGACCUGGUGGCAUAGCUGGAGCAGCACUGACUGGUGUUGGUGCCACCAAUGCAUUGGCAAGUGGUGUACAAAUUAUCAACGUCAACCAAGCUCGCACCCAAUCACCCAGCAUGCAGAAGGCACUUGCACCCCGGAUUGUUCUGUCAUCCCAAGGCCUUAACAGGACUGCAUCACCUGGGCAGCCAAUCACACUGCAGGCCCUGCAAGGUUUGCAGAACUCUGGCUCCAACCACAUCCUGGUGAGGACAGAGAAUGGCCAGCUGAAGCUGAUCCAGCUGCCAGUCCAGGGUGGAGCUGUAGCCACUGCCACCACCAUCAGCACUACAGCGUUGACCACAACACCGACCUAUAAGACGCCGGCGCCAACAACACCACGGACGGCGACGGCGGCGCCUGCCCAGUCCACGCCGCAGCCGCAGAGCGCCAUGGCUCCGGACACGGCCAAGCUCAAGUGCAGGAACUUCCUGGCCACCCUGCUGAAGCUGGCCAAGGAACAACCCGACACGGUGGCGGGCAACGUGCGCACGCUGAUCCAGAAUCUGAUCGACGCUCGUGUCGAGCCCGAGGCGUUCACCAGCCGGCUGCAGCAGGAGCUGAACUCGUCACCCCAGCCGUGUCUGGUGCCCUUCCUCAAGAAGAGCCUGCCGUUCCUGCGCCAGUCGCUGUACAACCGCGAGAUCACCAUCGAGGGUGUGAAGCCUCCGCCGCCGUCAGCUCUCCCCACGCCUCUCGGCACCGUGCCGUCCAUGCACGUGCAGCCGCGCCAGGUCACGGUAUCGCCGGCCGUCAGCGCCGCCGGCCCGACGCGACAGCUGGCCGGUGCCGUCGCCGCACCCCGCAACGUCACCUCCGGACACCCGGCCAUGCUGAACAUACAGCCGUUUCAGUCGGGCGCCAAGCUGGUGCGGACACCGACGGCGGUGGCGGCGGCUGCGCCUGCGUCUGCGCCGUCGCCGUCGCCGUCGCCCGCAGGCCUCGUGACCCAGCGACAGCCGCCCGUUGUCACCCUCAAGAAGGACAAACGGCUCAACUUCAAAUCGUCGCUAGAGUCGGGCCACGAUGACGACAUCAACGAUGUGGCGGCGAUGGGCGGCGUCAACCUGCAGGAGGAGUCGCAGCACAUCCUGGGCAGCACUGAAUACGUGGGCACGCAGAUCCGCAGCAUCAAGGACGAGACGUUCCUGCCGAGCGCGCCGCUCCAGCUCAAGAUGCGGCAGAUCGCGAUGCGGCACGGUCUGGAGGAGCCCGGCCCGGACGUGGUGGCGCUCGUGUCGCACGCCACCCAGGAGCGGCUGAGGUCGCUGCUCGAGCAGCUGGCCGUCAUCGCCGAGCACCGCAUCGAGGUGGUCAAGUCAGAGAGCCGCUACGAGGUGUCACGUGACGUGCGCGGUCAGCUGCGCUUCCUGGAGGAGCUGGACAAGCUGGAGCAGAAGCGCCACGAGGACACCGAGCGCGAGAUGCUGAUGCGCGCCGCUAAGAGCCGCUCGAAAACGGAGGAUCCCGAGCAGGCCAAACUCAAGGCCAAGGCCAAAGAGAUGCAGCGGAUGGAGAUGGAGGAGGUGCGGCAGCGCGAGGCUAACCUUACAGCGCUCAAUGCCAUCGGGCCGCGGAAGAAGCCGCGGCUGGACGGCGAGCCAGCGGCGGCCGCGGCCGACGGGCCCACUGUUAGCGGAGCGCUCACCCAGAGACAGAUCCCUCUGCGACCCCGGCUGAAGCGGGUCAACCUGCGAGACCUGCUGCUUCUGCUGGAGCAGGAGCGGGGCCACCAGCGCUCCACCCGGCUCUACAAGCUGUUCGUCAAGUAGCCGCGGUCGCCGCCCGCCCGGCCGCGGCCCGCUCUAGUGCCUGGCUGUUAUACCUGCGACAGAGUAUAAUGACGCGUUUUGUACUGAAGCUGUUUUGAAUUGGAACGUGCCCAUCCAUCCACCAGUCCAUCCAUUCACGUGUCGGUCCACCCAUCGCUGCAUGUGUUUCGGUUUGAUCGCGGCGAGUCGCACUGUUGCGUCGCGCUCCGGCUGCCCGCUCUCUGUUGUUGGAGAGAGGGGCCGUCGCGCUCUCUCUCUCUCUCUCUCUUUCACACGCGCCCCUCUGCCGCUCGCGGCACGCGACGCUCUGCACGCUUUGGUCAUAUUUUAUCGGUCGUUGUUUGUUUUUUUGUGAUAUGCACGGUGCUCGCGGACGCUCGUUUUUCACCGACUGCUGCGACAGUGGCGACGGCGACUGUGCCGGUCCGGGCGUCGACCGCACGCAUGCUGGCCAGUACAAACGGAGCGUGGCCGGGCCGGCCGACCAGUGAUGCAAUACAGACAGCGAUGUACAUACCCGCCGCGGUGGGAGCCGCGCGACCCGCCGCGCAUGCGCUCGUGCGCGGCCCGGGCGUCACUUGCGAACGGUGGGUGGGCGAGGUCCCAGGCGUCGCCUGUCUGCGGGCGGCCC